AGUGGCGAUGGCGGGUCAUGCGUGUGGACAUGGCACGAAACACAGAAGCAGACAGUUUUCACCCAAGUCACUGCUGAAGCAUAUUCCCGUUGUGUCCUCCCAAUCGACGGGGAACGGCAUGCAAGCAAUUCAACGCAGCAAUUCAACACUUGCUUAAUUGACUUUGCACAACCAGCCAUUUUGGCUGACAAAAGAGCCUACAGGGCAAGCAAUGCAACAGGUCUAUGUAGUAGUCCUUGUGACUUUCCACAACUGCAUGGGCCAAUUUUAGAUACCAACUUGAUGACGGAGUUGGACACAAGAGUCAUGUUCGUUAGCAUGGUGUUGGUCUAUGUGAUCUCCUUUGAGCUGGCCUUCUUCCUGGCGUGUGCUAUCCAUACCAGAAAGCCUCGUAGACCUAAGAAAAGGAUAAUGCAAUCCAUACACCACCACAAGGCUAACAAGCAGAAAGGCAAGUGGCUUCUACACGCCAGGCGGUGUGGAGCAGCCAGACACCGACAGGCCCGCCAAGCGGCACAUCGACUAAGCAGACUUCAAAGAAGGCAGUGGCAACUUACAUGCAAAGCAAUCAUUACCAAGAGGAUGUUACGAUCCUCUCAUACAAAGUGGUUUGGCAAACCUGCUGAGCGCACGGCAGUUUUCCUUUCACCACUCCAACCUUGCAGCAACAUUACACCACACCCUGGCUGGGUGGGAGGCAAGGGUGCAGCCGAAGCAACGGCCACCCGACACAGGCCAUUACACACACAGCAAGAAGGGACACCAACCAGAUUCGUUGUUCCAAAGGCAGCCAAUGAAUCUACCCUUCCCAGUUUACAAGCUAACCACCAUGCCGAUGCCUACCCUCACUGGGUGGGUGGUAAAGGCGGCGCUGCAGCAGCAACUACCCGACGCAAACAACAGCACAAGCAGGUCAAUGAUGAGCCUUCUUUGCUUGAAGCGGUGGAGGCUACAACUCGCACAAUUCGAUUGGGGCUCCUCCAAGAACAACAACUCCUGGGCGCACUGCAGCAGCUACUACAUCGCUACGAUGCCAACAGCAAUUACCAGGAGAAACAACAAGACACACGAUGCAAAACUACUCAAGAGCAAUGCCAAGGGUACAGCAUGAACCUUUGGUCACACCAGCGUGGGGGUCAGCAGUCUUACUACCCAACCACCACGCAGCAAAAGCAUUGGAGCACUGACGCUCCGCAACCGGCAGCGCGCAAAGUGCAACUUCGCCAGCCACAGCAAAAGCAACGUCACAUCCAAGGCUUCACCACCAGUGAGUGGCUACACACCCCAAAACUCACUACUGCAGAUAUGCUAUUGGAUGCUAUCAGCAACGGCAAAGACCUUCCUGGCAAUAUCGCGGAGGUCGAUGAGCAACAAUGUGAAGACAUCACCGAUGCCUGGCAAGCCUUCGAACCCUCACAAGGAUUCACCCUUUUCUGGCAGGGCAACACGCCACCUGCAGAAGGCAGCACCAGACGAGUGCGGGCGCAACUUCUCGGCAACAGCCAAUUCGUUCCAACACAGCUGGUCCUACGCAGCUUCGGCACCAACUGCCCUUUUCCCAAAGCAGCCACCUUGGCCAAGAUCCCACAAGAUCUCGCCACAGAAGGCCGAUGCUUCCUUCGCAUCACGGCCCCACAACACUUCCGGCAGGUUUUUCGCAGCAGCAACAAACCAGAUGAGCCCAGCCAGAUUUUAGCUGAAAUCUCAAGCUGGCAACUCCCCGCAGCAACUCUUGGUCAGCUCACGGGCGGAGACUGGCAACGGCUUUGGACCAAACAAGGCAACCACAUCCAGGGCCACAUCAAAGUCAGAAACGCCCUUGCAGAACAACUGUUGAACAAAUCUGGUCACAAAGCCAUUUUCUUUACCAAGACGGGUGCAAGAGACGGGCAAAGCAAGGUCCAAUGGCACAAACGCCAGCAAGAAGAGACCGACGAGGACUACUUCAGAAGAGUUGCCAACUUAGCUAGCGGAUCAGCCAUUCGGUUCCGCACAGGAGGUGCCACUGACCUUGGCACUGACAGCAGUGAUACCACCAGCAAUGGCCAAAGACGUGCUCAUUUUGAACUCCAAGGAUGUCCAGCCAAAUGGGAUGACAAGAUCUCAUCACCUUCCUUGAAUCCAAUCAAUGGGCCGUCCAUACUAUCCACAGCCAGAGGAAAGGUUACAAAGGGGGACCUCUUCAACAUAUACAUCUUUCCCAGAGCACCUGGGAGACGCAACAACUCCUACAGAGAACCUCUGUGGGGCCCCAAGCAAAAGUGGGGCACUACAAAGCAGCAACCCAAAGACAAAACCGAGCCAGAGGAAAGACCGGGCAAACGACACUGCCCGGCUAUCAGAGGAGAACAUCCCGAGGACUCUGAACACAGAAGCCCGGAUGCAGCUCAGCCAGCCGAAGUGCCUCCAACCCAACUGGACCCUACAACUCAAUCCCAAAAGAAGCGGGAUGCUCCGGAGCUUGACCAGGCCCCUACUUUGCCUCCGGACCCUGCCAAUCCCGAGCACAUUGAGCACGCCAUUGCCAGCGGCUGGCUAGAGAAAGAUAAUGGCGGUGUCGGCGACUGCUUCUUCCGCAGCAUUAUCAAAGCUGAAAAUCACUGGAACAACAAGGUUGAAACCGACCUGGAAAUCCAAAAAGCCGCCCUUGACUUACGUCUCGAAGCAGUGAAACACAUCCGCAAACAUCGCCACGACUACGAAGCCGCCUGGGUCCACGACGACAUGGAGCGUCAAUACCAACGCGCAGGUCAACCACCCCCAAAAGACUUCGAUGAUUUCCUGACUCAAGCCAGCAAGAAAUCCUACUGGGUCAACGAACACUUGAUCCAAGCAGCCAGCACCCGCACCGGCAUCCCCAUCAUCAUCUGGCGUGCCUACACAGGUCCUUCUGAAUCCACUGCAAAGGUCAACUCCGCUGACAGCAACACCCCUGAACCUCAACCAGGCAAAAAGCUUUGGCACAGAGGCAUUUGGGCUCCUAGCUUCAAACAAGGAAUUGCAGCUAGCAAUAACAAAUGCAAGGGCAUCACCCUCAUCCUGAGAGCCAAUCACUACACUUGCGUGCUUCCACCUGAGCACCAGCAAAUACCCCCCACCCCUUGGCUCCGCCAAGUUCACUCUUCCCAUCCCAGGCAAUGGGUUGCGGGGGGCCAUCACAGGGAGCGAUCCACACCGAUCAAGCCAUCUAGCAGCACUCCGAGCCAAGCUAAAGCACAUCAAUGGGGUCCCUACACACCAAAAAGGAUCACCACCUCCACACCAGAAGCCCACUCCACGUCCAGCAGGGCUACCCACAUCGAAACACCAACGAGACCCACACAGCGGUGGGGUCUCAACACUCCGGCAGACAGUGCCCACAAGGCGCUGGCCGGCCCCAGCACGGCUCGCUGGGAACAAAGCACGCCGAGAGCUGCUCACAACGUCAGCGCUCGCAGCAAAGCUAGCAACAGCAAAAACAAAAGAUGGGGAGACUCCACACCCACAUCUGUCAACAAACACCAGCAUUUGCAGCAAAGCAGCAGCCAAACAAAAAGGCAGAAGCGGGGUGACGGCACACGCAGCACUGCCUGCCGGUGGUGUGAGCACACACCCGCCAGCAGCCACAAAUACCAACCCAGCCAAAGCAGCCAGCCUGAUGAAACAUGGACCUGCGAUAUCUGUGGCACCAUCUUUCGGCACUUUGACAGAAAGCAGCUUAGGUUCCUCAGGUCCAACCAUAUCUUCUCUCGACACUCUGAGAUUCCGCGGGAGAAGUUCACGAAACUUCGUGUUCGCCAGCCCCUGGUCAUAGCACACCCUCCCACCCCUGGAGUCCAGUUCAAGUGGCAGUGCGUCUUUUGUGACCACGGGUUGCCGCAGCCCACUAGCAAGCUCCAUGAACGUUCUGUUCGGCAUCAUUACGACACAAAGCACAAGAGACGCAAAGUCUCAGUGGCGUUGAUUAACAAAGCCAGAGCAAAACUUUACAAGCAAAACAAAACUACCCCUGAAGUUGCAGCCGCGAUCACCAAAGCCAGACUGCAAGCUGGCAGGUCGUGCGCCAGUUUUCGGGAAGCUCAGCGUGAUUACAGCAGAGGUGGUCACAAGUUGGUCAAGUACACUCCAGCAAACCCGACACCACGCAAGAUCCAUGUCACUUGCACUCGAUGUUGGCGUUUCCGAGCUUUUGGUACUUCUUGGUUUGAACCUUGCCGUGGGAAAAGAGCCAAGCCGAACUAUGCCCACAGCAGCUAUUGGCAACGAGCUAGCCAAUACGACAAACAGCAGCUCAUCACAGCUUGGAAGACCACCCUUGAGUUGGCCAACAGGAAAUUUGACCAGCUCACGGAGCAAGGCAUCGAACCACACCCAGGUCCUUCGUCUUCUAGUUGCAGUUUGACCAGUCUCAAUGUUCGCGGUGGUUGUGGUCUUUGGAGAACAUUGAAGCACUGGCAACCCAACCGAAUUCUGUGCCUACAAGAAAUUGGAGUCAAGCCAAAUGAACUCCAAGCUUUCGAAAACCGUGCCAAAAAACAUGAUUGGAAGUGCUAUCACCAAGGGUCUGCAGACCCUCAGCAAACACAUUGCGGUGUCAUCACCCUGGUUCCUGCUACUUGGCAGCAACGACCGGGCAAAGGUUAUGCUCACAACAGGGCGCAGCUUGUACUUACUUGGGUCUGGGGCAUUGCUAUUCUCAACCACUAUGCGCCGCCGGGCAGUCCUGAAGACACUGCCACCAACUUGCUUGUUGCAGCAGCAGAACACAACCUCUACAACAACCAAUGGAUUAGCGCAGGGGAUGCCAACGGAGUUCCAGUCCCCCACAGAUCCGUUAUUGCAGCGGCAAUCGAUUCUAUUGGAGGCGCUUUUCAUUCAGAUGGACAGCCUACAACCAAUACUGGCAGCAAGAACAUUGAUUGGUUUGCAAGCUCUCCAGCCACUUUGGGUAGCAACCCUUCUCGUGAAUUGGUGUCGCUUAGUGACCAUUUUCCCAUCCAUUUGGAUAUCGACCGGCCGACCCCGGCCUUGGCCUGGCAGGGGCGUUUGCAGCAGCAACCUACUUGGCGCAAACCGCAACAUUUGGAAACCGCCGAGUGGCGUCACCAUUUGGAAACUACUUGGUCAGACCUUCGUCAGCAAGAUUCGGUACAAACUUUUCUGCACAGUUUACAGGUAGAACCUUCCGAUGGCAGUAUUCAGCAGGAAUGGAACAAGCGCAAGCAGAGCGUCAACGGCAAGAACAUGCGCAACAAAACCUUCAAGAUUGGAAACGCAGUGUCAGCUCAACUUCAGGUCUUUGUCGUUGGCUUCGUUGCAAAAGUGAAGUUCAAGGCAGCGCACAUGUUUGUCUCGAUGGUCAGGUCGCCGACCUUUCAAGAUUUGAAAAGUGCAGUCCAGCGGGCCAAAGGUUCUCCAGGCCCUGAUGGUUGGCAUGCCGAGGAAAUUCGCAAUCUCCCAGAAGAGUGUUUGGAGGUCUAUUUUCUUUGCGUUUGCCGCUGGCAGUCUACUGGUACACUUCCCGUUCAAUUGCAGGAAGCUCGCCAGGUCAGUUUGCCCAAGGCUCACAAAAGCAGCAGUAAUGGUACCAUCGAGGUCAAGAACUUGAGGCCCAUCACGGUUAUGUCCAGUUUUUGGCGCAUCUGGGCGGCAAUGUGGCUUCAAAGCGCAGCUUUACAAACCUGGCGACAACAAUACAUUCCGGCUUGCGUGGCAGGAGCAAAAGGUGGUUUGGGGGCUGAGGACUUGGCCGCUCGCCUUCAAACUUCGUUCGCUGCCCGCAAUCAGUUCUUGGUCAGUCUUGAUUACAGUCAGUGUUACGUGGCUUACUGGAAUCACUGGAGCCAGUCUGUGGGGCUCCGUGAAAACCAGCAGAAAAUUCAGGCAACAGCAAAAGGUCGCACGCAGCGUGCUGCGCUGGCCCAGGCUCAUCCGGAAUGGUUCAAGGAAGAAGUGCACAUUUUGGGAUGUUCCACAACCAGCACCGGCCGCAGGAAGAACACACAGCAGGAAAUUGACCGCUUGAAGAAAGCCAAGGCCCGAGCAUUCUUGAUUGACUGUGCUAGGCCCAACUUCGCAAACUUGGUUGGUCACACUCAUCGACUGGUGGUGCCGUUAUGCUCCUAUGGUUGGAUCAGCAAGAAGCCUACUAAGGAGGACUCGGACAGCUUGUUCAAGAAAUUGACUUCAGCUACACACAGUUGUCGCAUGGCCAAUGAGAACAUUCGCAAGAUUUGUUACGGUGCUGCAGUGCAUUUGGACGUGGUUUGGGCCACCCGUAUGUUUCGCGCAGUCAUCCGACUUCGGCAGUCUGGUUGUGCUUGGCAGAACAAAGCAGCUACUUGUGUUGGUUUGUUGAGACGCUGGCUUGUGAACAAUGGCUGGGCUGAGGUGGGCCCUUGGUCUUGGCACAACGGUCGUGAACGUCUGUGCGCGGAGGUCUCGCAACAGCAGCCUGUUUCCCUUGCUUUGCAUAACAUCCGUCAGCAGUGGAGACGGCAGCAGUUCAUUCUUUGGUUGCGUGGCAAAAGACACGAAGCACAUUUCCUAUUGGCGCAAUAUUCUGAACAGCAGCUCCUUGGCUUCUUUGAUGGGGUGGACUGGGAGGCUACGCGUUUAGCUUUAUUGCAUGGUUCAGCAGCAGAACGUUCAGUUAUCCUUGGAGCGGUGGUCUCGCCGUUGUGGCUCCAUCGCAGUGGCAAAGAAUAUGAGUCGGGGCAUUGUGCAGCAGGAGCUCUGGCUUGCCCGGUUCGGGCAAGCGAACUAAGGUUUGACUUUGGCCUCUUCGGGGGCCGCUGCGGGUGCCGGCCGGGGUUCAAG